AUGGAUCCUCUAGAAAGAGCCCAAGUCCUUCUCUUGCUAGCCAAAGCCACAACUACUCUCUUUGCUUUGAGGCUAAGAUGCAAGGGUGUGAAUCCAGAUGAUCAUCCUGUCAGAAGGGAGUUUGAAAGAUUGAGCUUGUACCAAGAAAAAUUGCAACAGUGCAUGGACUUGAACAAAGCACCAUUACGUCCGUCAGUCACCAUUAAUCCUAAGGCGGCAGCCCGUUUUAUCGAGCAUUCCCUACCUGAUCUUUCCUCUGAGCAGAGGCAAAGCAUGCGGAAAAUUAGUCAGGGGGUAGAUCAAAGAAUCAACUAUUUGGACAAAAAUCUACAGAAGAAGAGAAAAUUCCAAUCGUCUGAGAGGCAAUCGGUCCGUACUGCGGCUCAGGAGUUUCUUGAGAAAGCAGCUCGUGAGCUACUCGGGAAUAAUAAAAAUGGUGUUAAAGGACCUUUUCAACCUGAGGAUUCGGAUGAUGAUGUCAUAAUUCUGGACUAA